AUGAGUAUAAGAAACCAACGAUUCUCUGUUCUUAAACAACCCAUAUUUUCCACACUUAAUCAGCAUUUGAUAGAUUAUCCAACCCCGAGCAAUAUUAGUUAUUGGUGGGGAUUCGGUUCGUUAGCUGGGAUUUGUUUAGUCAUUCAGAUAGUGACUGGCGUUUUUUUAGCUAUGCAUUAUACACCUCAUGUGGAUCUAGCUUUCAACAGCGUAGAACACAUUAUGAGAGAUGUUGAAGGGGGCUGGUUGCUCCGUUAUAUGCAUGCUAAUGGGGCAAGUAUGUUUCUCAUUGUGGUUCACCUUCAUAUUUUUCGUGGUCUAUAUCAUGCGAGUUAUAGCAGUCCUAGGGAAUUUGUUCGGUGUCUCGGAGUUGUAAUCUUCUUAUUAAUGAUUGUGACAGCUUUUAUAGGAUACGUACUACCUUGGGGUCAGAUGAGCUUUUGGGGAGCUACAGUAAUUACAAGCUUAGCUAGCGCUAUACCUGUAGUAGGAGAUAGCAUAGUGACUUGGCUUUGGGGUGGUUUCUCCGUGGACAAUGCCACCUUAAAUCGUUUUUUUAGUCUUCAUCAUUUACUCCCUUUUAUUUUAGUAGGCGCCAGUCUUCUUCAUCUGGCCGCAUUGCAUCAAUAUGGAUCAAAUAAUCCAUUAGGUGUACAUUCAGAGAUGGAUAAAAUUGCCUUUUACCCUUAUUUUUAUGUAAAGGAUCUAGUAGGUUGGGUAGCUUUUGCUAUCUUUUUUUCCUUUUGGAUUUUUUAUGCUCCUAAUGUUUUGGGGCAUCCCGACAAUUAUAUACCUGCUAAUCCGAUGCCCACCCCGCCUCAUAUUGUGCCGGAAUGGUAUUUCUUACCCAUCUAUGCCAUUCUUCGUAGUAUACCUGACAAAGCGGGAGGUGUAGCCGCAAUAGCACCCGUUUUUAUAUGUCUCUUGGCUUUACCUUUUUUUAAAAGUAUGUAUGUACGUAGUUCAAGUUUUCGCCCUAUUUACCAAGGACUCUUUUGGUUGCUUUUGGCGGAUUGCUUACUACUAGGUUGGAUCGGAUGUCAACCUGUGGAAGCACCCUUUGUUACUAUUGGACAAAUUCCUUCUGUUCUUUUCUUCUUGUUCUUUGCCAUAACGCCCAUUCUGGGACGAGUUGGAAGAAUAAUUCCUAAUUAUUACACGGAUGAGACUGAGAACACCUGA